UUUUGGGCAGCGAUCGAGAUAAAAUUUUGUCCAAUAUUGUUCCGCUGUAUCGGGAUCAAUAGUAUUAUUUUGUAAAGAAGGCAGUAAAUUAAGAUGGAAUGCGUGAAAACUAUCGAUGGAUUUAUCAAAAACUCACAAUCUACGAGGAAAUCUCCAACUUCACUUCUUUUGAGACCAAGCUGAAAUAACAAAAUGACAGCCAACAACAGCGAAAAUUGUGGCUAUGAUGUUGUGUCUACUUCUUUCCCAAAGGAGAUCUGUUACAUAGAUGCACAGAUAAACAGUCUGCUAGACGUACAUCUAGAUCCACGAUUACUCUCCGUAAAUCUACAUUGCAACAAUAUUUCUGUGAUAGAGAAUCUUGACAGACUGCAGCACCUUAAACACCUCGAUCUGUCGUCCAAUCGCAUCACAAGAAUGCAAGGGCUUGGUGGUUUGAUGAGCCUAAAAACCCUCAACUUAUCCUGCAACGAACUGCGUGUAGUUGAAGGAUUGGAUAGUCUAAGGAAUCUGGUUAAGCUGGAUUUAUCCUACAAUGUAAUCUAUGAUCUCUCAGGCCUAAAGAAAAUUCAUGGAUCCUCCUUUAGCUUACGAAGCUUAUAUCUCCAUGGAAAUGAGCUUAGUUCACUGGAUCAUUUAAUUAACUGUCUUGCUGGAUGCAGAAUGCUUCAAGAGUUGACAUUGUCACUGUAUGGGGAAGCCAACCCUGUUUGUGAAAUACCAGAUUAUCGAUCCAGUGUACUGGCUUCACUGAAAAAUUUGGAAGUGUUAGAUGGCCAGGACAGGACUGGGAAACCAGCAGCAACAAGGGACAGUGUGCUUGACAUUCCAGAAAUGGAUGACUAUCUGGAAUAUUUAGAAUCAGAAAAUUCCUCUGAAAUCCCUAGUAAAGAAACAAAGUAUGAAGUUUUGACUCCAAAGAUUGACUUGGCUCUGGACAGAUUCAGGCAACGAGGACCUCUGUCAUCAGAAACUGACACUGGAGAGGAGAAAAGAACUGAGAAUCCCACUGAGAGGCCAGCUGUUAAAGUAAGCCUGUCAGCUGAUCAUGAGAUUCGUUUAGAGACUCUUGAACAUCAACUUAACCGUCUGAUUCACAACACAGAAAGAGCACAGGUUUCAAGGCAGAUCAGAAAUCCAAGUGCAGAGCCUGAUAUUAACCAAUCAGCUGAUUCUGAAUCAACUGAACAGCCAGACAAAAAGAAAAAAGAACAACUUUCAUCCAAAGCUAAAAGAAGUCAAUGGGUUCCAGUAUCAAAGAAGCCAGGACAGACAAAGACACGCACCAAGCCAGCGGUUCAUGUCACAGUGGAGUCAACAAGCUCCACAUCACCAUCAGAUGAACAAGUGAGAAAUCUGAUGAUAAAAGGCAAGACUGCAUUGAAGGGGAGGACUGUUAGGGAUCCUAAAGAUGAUGAGACUUUCCUGUCACUCAUUCAAGAGUUGGACUCUGAGCGCGAGAGACGAUGGAAAGCUGAACAGGCUGCCAGGCGGAUGGUUGAAGCCAUCAAAGAGCUUCAACAGAGAGAGGCAGAGGAGAAGAAACUAAGAGAGGCUUCUCUUGCGGCGAGCAGUCGCCUGAAGCGUGCAUUACUCAAAGAGAAGGAAACUAAGGAUUGUUUACAGAAAUCUUUAAAUGAAUUGCAGACCCAUAAUGUCGGGCUGACUGAAGAGGUGAAGAGAUUGCAGGAAAAUGAAGAAGAACAACAAAGAGCAUUGCGAGCCUUGGAACAAGCCACUACCAAGAUGGAGACUGAAAAGAUAAAACAACAGGCUGAAGCGGUCACCCAACUGCAGCAGGAGCAGAUGAAAGUGGGCGCCUUAACGAAAGAGUGUGAACUGUCAAAACACUCAGUGAAACAACUGAAAGGUCAGGUCCAUCAGCUACAGGAACUCCUCGCCAACAGAGAGCAGGAACACAGAAAAGCAGUGGAGGACCUGGUGCGAGUGGACGGGCAGGAGAUGCGGGAGCUAGUAGAACGGGAGGCUGCUAAGCAAGAGGGUUUUCACCAGCAGAUUAUUAGAGAAUAUCAAGAAAAGUUGAACAAGCGUGAUCUGGAUUAUGCUGCACUUGAGGACGAGUUCAGAAUGGGUCUACAGAUUGAAGCUAAUAGGUUUAGAGAGCUGCAAGAGGCGUUUGAGCGAAUGAGCGAUGAGCAUGCGCAACAGAAGGAGGCCCUACACACAAUAAAACAGAAGGAGAGCAAAGCAACUAAUAUGGUCAAUGAACUCACAGCGAUGGUGAAAGAACAACGAGGGAGAUUAAGUGAGCUGUCACGAGGGAGGCAAGAAAUUGUCGGAGAUUACAAGGAAAGAAUACAAAGUUUAGAGAAACAACUUAACGAAGCUAAUAAACAGUUGACGAGACUGGAAGUACUAGAACAAGACAAAGCUAAGUUGACGGCUCAGAUACGAGCUCAAGUAUCAGUCAUGGAAGGCCUGAGAACCGAAAGAAAACUAUGGAGCGAGGAGCUUGCCCAACAAGGAUCGUCCCUAGCUCAGGAUCGAGGACGAAUGGAAGCUCGCAUAGAGGCGCUGACUGCUGAAGUAGGUGAAGUGAAGAAGGAAUGUCAGAAUGCCAAUGAAACGAUCGCCAUCAAGGCUAAAGUUAUAGAGGAUCAAACGGACUCCAUUAGGAAGCUCAAACAGAAAAUUGCAGAUCAGGACUCUGACAUGCGCAAAAGGAAGGAAGAUGGCGAAGCACGUGAGAAAAACCUUGAGGAACAGCUAGCUGUUGAGACAUCAGCAAAUCAGGAGUUGCAAGAACAAUUGGAUGGACUUGUGGACCGAAAGGAAUCACUCAAACAAGAACUAAGGAAAACACAGGAAGAGUUGGAGACCAGUAAGGAAAAUCACAGGAUUUUGAAAACAAAAUGGCACGAAAAGAGUGAACUAAUAGGCAAGUUGGAAAAGGAAGUUGUUGAGAUGCGAAAUAACUUAAGAGGAAAGGAAAAAACUUUAAUUGAAGAGAGAGACAAAGCUGUGAAGGCGGCCGAUUCCGCCGUAGAGAGGUUAAAAGUCUGUGAUGAUGCUUUCCGCAAACAGCUCGAACAAGAACGACGGGCGCACGAGCAACAGCUUCAGACACUGGCCAACGAAAAACAGCAGGAGGUAGAACGAGCUAAUAACAGGGUCGUGGAAGUGGAAGAUGAGAUGCGCAUACUUCUACAAGAGAAUGCGCUGACCAAGAAAACUUUAGAGAAACGUCUGCAGAAACUCACAUCUGCUUUCACUGAAAUCCAACAUGACUUAGCUAGAACGUGAAUGUGCUACAAUACUUUCAACAAAUUGUAAAUAUUUUUCGUGAAUAUUUUCGAGAAAAACAGGUAUGUGAAUUAUGUAUGUAAUAAACGAUAACAUAAAUAUAACGGCAGUUUUAUCAAUGUUUCUUCUGGUUAGUAACGGGAAGUGAC